CUCUGGCUUGGCCUGGCCGGGUUUCGGCGCGGGUCUUUUCGACCGCCUGCAUGGCUCCCGGGACGGCGGGGUUAGGGAGCGCCCGCCCCCAGCUGGACAAACAGUUCCUCCGGCGCUUCCUAAAGAUCCAAGCGAUUUUAUUUCCCCGAUUCUCUUCUCAGAAUGUGCUGAUGUUCCUUACCUUGCUCAUAGUUGCCCUCUUGGAGCAGCUGGUCAUCUACCAGGUGGGAGUGAUCCCCAGCCAGUAUUAUGGAGUUCUGGGGAACAAAGACAUUUCUGGGUUCCAGAACGUGACUGCAGUUGCUCUGAUUCUCAUUGUGUUGAACUCUGUGCUGAAGAGCUUUGACCAGUUCAUCUGCAAUUUGAUGUAUGUGAGCUGGAGGAAGGUGCUCACUGAAUAUCUCCAUGGCUACUACUUUCAGGGUCAGGUGUAUUAUACCGUGAACAUGCAGCAUGAGGACAUCGAUAACCCAGACCAGCGAAUCAGUCAGGAUGUGGAGAGGUUCUGCAAACAGCUGAGCUCCAUGGCCAGUAAGGUGAUCGUUGCCCCCUUCACACUUGCUUACUACACCUAUCAGUGCUUUCGCAGCACCGGCUGGUUGGGCCCUGUGAGUAUCUUUGGUUAUUUCAUCGUUGGGACCAUCGUCAAUAAAAUCCUAAUGAGCCCCAUAGUUUCAAAACUGGUUCAGCAGGAGAAGUUGGAAGGUGAUUUCAGAUUUAAGCAUAUGCAGCUGAGAGUGAAUGCUGAAUCUGCAGCUUUCUAUAGAGCUGGGCAAGUGGAGCACAUGCGAACCAACCGCAAGCUACAAAACCUCCUGCAGACCCAGAGGGAGCUGAUGGGCAAGGAGCUGUGGCUAUACAUUGGGAUCAACACUUUUGACUAUCUGGGCAGCAUACUGAGUUAUGUGGUGAUUGCAAUCCCCAUCUUCAGUGGCGUCUAUGGUGAUCUGGAUCCGGCAGAACUGAGCUCAUUGGUCAGCAAGAAUGCCUUUGUCUCGCUGUACCUGAUUGGGUGUUUUAGCCAGCUCAUUGACCUUUCCACCACUGUGUCUGAUGUGGCAGGCUAUACACAUAGAAUUGGAGAACUUCAAGAGACGCUGCUGAUACUCUCCAAGAAACAAAAUGACUGUGAAUUACAAGCCAAAUGGGACUUCAAUAACACCAGUGUUUCUAAGGAACAGGCAGCACCAAGUGACACAGCGUUCUUCCUGGAGCAGGUCAGUCUCUCUGUUCCUUCUUCUGAGAAUCUGCUUAUCAAAGACCUGAACCUGAGAGUCACACAAGGGAACAGUCUGCUAAUUACAGGCAACACGGGUACAGGGAAGACAUCUUUGCUGCGUGUCCUUGCGGGCCUCUGGGAAAGCAAGCAGGGAGAUGUCCAUAUGUUAACGUGCUUUGGCCCCCAUGGGGUGGUGAUCUUGCCACAGAGGCCUUUCUUCACAGACGGGACCCUGCGUGAACAGGUGAUUUACCCUCUGAAGGAGAUCUAUCCAGUUUCAGGAUCUGCAGAUGAUGAAAGGAUACUGAGAUUCCUGGAGCUGACUGGGCUGUCUGAUUUGCUAGUGAGGACAGGAGGCUUGGACCAGCCAGUGGACUGGAACUGGUAUGAUAACCUGUCCCCAGGGGAGAUGCAGAGGCUGUCCUUUGCCCGUCUUUUCUAUCUUCAGCCCCAGUAUGCAGUGCUGGAUGAAGCAACCAGUGCACUCACAGAAGAUGCAGAGAAUCAGCUGUACAGGAUCUGUGCACAACUGGGGAUGACUCUGGUUAGCGUGGGACAUCGCAGCAGCCUGGAAAAGUUCCAUAGCUGGAUAUUGAGACUGUGUGGAGGAGGAAAAUGGGAACUAACAAGAAUCAAGAAGGAUUGAGCCACUCCACAGCCAGUCAUGAACAAUAGAACAUGGAAUGAAAAGUUCAGAUGGGGCAGUUACCAAAGUGCCUUGGAAUCAGCCUGGAGGAGUUGAAGGAGUUGUAGCUUCAAAGCCAACAGGCGCAAAUGAGGGUUCUGUGACAAAAAGACAUCCAUCUCCUAUUGAAAGAACAGGGCAGAAGGGCAAGUUUUAACUCUUUUGUUGCCUUAUAUAGAGAAUUUCCUCUGGCCCAUUGUUCUGAUUUUCCUUGUGCCCCAACUAAAGAUUUUUCUCUGAGGGAAGGAGAUUCUUCUGCUGCUUGGAUCUUCUUUUAGCAAGAAUAACUGAAUAGUGCUGAAGAGAACUAGAUGGAGUUGUGCAGACCUGUCCACACACUGUGAGCAUGACCCUUCUUUUGUGUGCCUGAAAAAGGGCAUGCGUGUCAGGCUUACGGCUACGGCCUUGAUGCUGGACUGAAAUGUCUAUAUGGCAAGGCCAUUGUCUUUACUCUGCAUAAGGAUCUGUUUGCUCUUGGCACAUGGACAGAGACUCCUCUGUUACUAUAGCAACCCUUUCUUGCUCAGGAAGUGUUAUCCAGUAGAGCAAAAAGGGAGGGGAGGGGAAACAGAGAAAGGUAUUAUAGACUGGAAAUGUUGUACACCUAACAGCUAUCCAUACCAUGGCAAUAAAUUUACUUUAUAUGUUGUA